AUAUGUUUGUCUUUGGUUGGUGACAGUGGAGGAACAUGUGGUUCUGCUUUAGCCAAUGCUGAGCCUAGAAAGGGAGAUCAGGACUCGCAGACUAGCAGCAGUGUUGGCACAGGGGGAUCUCUGCCACCCCUGCAGAAAGCCUAAACAGAAAAACAAAAGGAGAGAGGAGAUUUAUAACAGGAAGAGAAGAGAUCAUAAUGCUGGACUGGGGGAAAGAGAUCUUGCAGGGCAGACAUCAGAGAGGCAAAAACAAACUGGACAAGAGUCUUUGUGACUGGAUUCACAAGAUGUAAAGCGUUAUCAAGAGGAACUCACUGUACCCACAACAGCAGAGGACUUGUUGUGUUUCAAGGAUAGUGAAGGUGGAGAGGUGGAACGUGAGAAGCUCUCCUGUGGUUACGAGGAUGACAAAUUAGCCCUUAUUCAGCAAGGGGAAAAGGGGAGCACUCUGAGGAUCGGGAGAUGCUGUCCACAGCUCAGCAGAUGCUGCAGGACAGCCGCUCCAAGAUUGAGCUGAUUCGAAUGCAGAUUAUCAAAGUCACCCAGACUGGUGUUGGUGAUGGCCACAGCACCCAUGACAGCUCCCAUCAUGGAGGACACUCCCCAGUGGCAGGUAGUCCCCUGGACAUUCGCCUGGCAGAGUUACAAAACCAUGUCCAGAGAGAGACAGAUGUGUUGGCGUUGGCCAGGGAUGUUGUGAAACAGCUGGAAGGGCUUUCAUCACAGGACCAACUAGCCCUGGCUGAGGCUCAGUCCCGUGUGCUGGAGUCCUCUCAGAAGAUGGACCUUCUGCGCGUCUCCCUGGAGAGACGCCUGAAAGAGAUGUCCCAGGAACAUCUCCAGGAGCCUGUUAUUAAAGAGGAUCUCUCCAUGGGAUCCUCUCCUUGUGAAGGUCAAAAGCAGAACCGCCUACUCUCGUUCCUCUCCACCCCCUCCUCCACAUCCUUCAUCAAGCCUGCUUGUCUAACAGGCACACUUGAGAUCAAGCUAAAUGGAUGUGAGGACUUACUGAUAUCUCUAACUGGCUCAGACAAAGUGAACAGUGCAUCCUUGACUGUAUCAGAUCACAAUGUCCAAAGCUCUACCAACCAACCACCUUGUCUGAACACAGACAACCUAUCCAUGGAGGUCAGUGCUGUGCUGCGGCUGGACAGCAGACUGGUGGGCCGCACCCACUGGAGACCCCAAGGCAAGCAGGCCUGGAACCAGAGUUUUCACAUCCAACUGGAGAGGUCUCGGGAGUUGGAAAUCGGGGUCUUCUGGCAAGACUGGAGAGGGAUGUGUGCUGUCAAGUUCCUGCGUCUAGAGGAGUUCAUGGACAACCAGCAACAUGCCCAGUGUUUGUGCCUGGAUCCCCAGGGCACACUCUACACAGAGAUCACAUUUAUCAACACAAUCAUUGAGCGCCAGCCCAAACUCAGACGGCAGAGGUGCAUCUUCACAAAGGAGAAAGGGAAGAACUUACUUCGUGCUGCCCAGAUGAACAUGAACUUUGCCACAUGGGGUCACCUGAUGAUGAGUGUGCUGCCUCAGUGCAGGUCUUUUACCACAAUGAGCUCAUCUGUGCCUCCAUCGUCUGACCCUGUGGCUAGCUCUCCCCCUUCUACAGACAAGGUCAUCCCAUUAACACCUCCACUGCCAGGUGAUGUACCAGUGAUCAGGCUUAACAUAAGUGAGGAUCAGCCGUCUAAAAUGUCUUGCAUUGACCAGGGAAAAACUGUCCCCAACACUGUCUCCACAGCACAAACACCACCAAUGCCUAAACUGACAGAACACCAGCCCACCAUUGGAAACAACACACCAGAGAGCAAAGGAAAUGGAUCAGAUUCCAAGAUGAAGAUGGAGGAUUUCAAAUGCAUCUCUGUUUUGGGAAGAGGACACUUUGGGAAGGUACUUCUAGCUGAGUUUAAGAAAACAGGAACACUGUAUGCCAUAAAAGCAUUGAAGAAAAGGGACAUUGUGACUCGUGAUGAAGUUGACAGCCUAAUGAGCGAGAGGAGGAUCUUUGAAAUGAGUCAUCCCUUUCUGGUGAAUCUUCAUGGCUGCUUCCAGACCAGUGAGCAUGUGUGCUUCGUCAUGGAAUACUCACCAGGAGGUGACCUAAUGAUCCACAUCCACAAUAAUGUCUUCUCUGAGGUUCAAGCUAGGUUUUACUCAGCCUGUGUUUUGUUGGGUCUUGAGUUCCUACAUUUGAAUAAAAUAGUUUAUAGAGAUUUGAAACUGGAUAACUUGCUGAUGGACGCUGAUGGGUUUAUCAAAAUCACAGACUUUGGACUUUGUAAAGAGGGAAUGGGCCAUGGUGACCGAACCUCAACAUUCUGUGGAACACCAGAAUUCCUGGCCCCUGAGGUCCUCACAGAUGACAACUACACACGAGCAGUGGACUGGUGGGGGAUGGGCGUCCUUAUCUUUGAGAUGCUCGUGGGAGAGUCUCCAUUCCCAGGUGAAGAUGAAGAGGAGGUUUUUGACAGCAUUGUUAAUGAUGAUGUACAGUAUCCUAGCUGCCUCUCUCCAGACUCAGCCUCCAUCAUCCAGAAGCUGCUCAAAAAGAACCCACUGAAAAGACUAGGAGGAGGAGAAGAGGAUGCAACUGAGGUUAAGGGGGAGAAAUUCUUCAAGACGAUAGACUGGGAUGCCUUGCUCGCAAAGAAAGUGAAACCCCCGUUCCUGCCAUCAAUCAAGGCGUCCAUGGACGUCAGCAACUUUGACAAGGAGUUCACAAAACUCCAGCCAGUUCUGUCUCCCCCUCCUGUGUCCUGCAGCCUCUCCUCAGAACAGCAACAGGCCUUCGUAGACUUUGACUUCUCUACCCUGCACGGAUGAGGACGUCGGACACCAGGGAGACUGAAAUGUCAUUAACCCGUUAAUUAGUAGCGUCACGUAUAUGUGAUUGUUCGAAAGCGGGCCCCACAGAGUACCGUCACACAU